AUGAGCAACGAUUCUGAAACUUUAGAAGGAGCUGAAACACCCUAUGACAUAAGUUAUAGAGUUGGUGUAGCGGAAAAUAAAAACUCUAAGUUCCGUAGAACGAUGGAAGAUGUUCAUACAUACGUUAAAAACUUCGCAUCAAGAUUAGAUUGGGGCUAUUUUGCGGUAUUCGACGGGCACGCAGGUAUUCAAGCCUCGAAAUGGUGUGGUAAGCAUCUUCAUACAAUUAUAGAACAAAACAUUUUAGCCGAUGAAGCACGAGAUGUUAGGGAUGUAUUGAAUGAUUCAUUCCUUACCAUUGAUAAAGAAAUCAAUACUAAGCUUUUAGGAAAUAGUGGCUGUACUGCUGCAGUUUGUGUAAUACGUUGGGAGUUGCCCGAUGCAGCUUCCAAAGAUUCAAUGGAUUUAACUCAGCAUCAAAGAAAGUUAUAUACGGCAAAUGUUGGCGACUCUCGAAUAGUACUAUUUAGAAAUGGGAACAGCAUAAGAUUGACGUAUGAUCACAAGGCAUCUGACUCCUUGGAAAUGCAAAGAGUUGAACAGGCAGGCGGACUAAUAAUGAAAAGUCGUGUAAAUGGUAUGCUAGCGGUAACGAGAUCACUAGGCGAUAAAUUUUUCGAUACUUUGGUAGUAGGAAGCCCAUUUACAACCAGCGUGGAAAUAACUUCUGAGGAUAAAUUUUUGAUUUUAGCAUGCGAUGGAUUAUGGGAUGUUAUUGAUGAUCAAGAUGCAUGUGAACUAAUUAAGGACAUUAAUGAGCCUAACGAAGCUGCGAAAGUUUUGGUUAGAUAUGCUUUGGAGAAUGGCACAACAGAUAAUGUGACAGUAAUGGUUGUCUUCCUUUAA